GUUUAUCAUUUCCUUUUCGUUGUCAUCGUUGGCGUCUGUGAACUGUAAAGUAAUAUAUUCUCAACCAGAAUUUAUUAAGUUUUUUCGAGCAGACAGCAGCUGUCGUUUCCACACCACCGCUAUUAUAGUGUUUGGGUCUACCACCUAUUCCUAGUUUCGACUAAUUUUUCAACUCGUUCAUAUAGAUUUAUUAACAUCUAAUCUUUAAUCAUUAUGGAACAAUAUAUUGUAAGCAGUAAUAGUGCAUUAGAACUUAAACUCGUUCGUAAGCCUAGUGAUAUUAAUGAUCCAAAAGCAGCAUUUUAUCCAGACAUGACUUAUCAAGUAUUUGGAAAUAUGGAAAAAAUAUUUGGAUACAAAGACCUUGUAGUAAAAAUGUAUUAUACUGCUUGUAGUCUUAAGCUGUAUAUUAAUAUAAAUUAUUCUUCAAAAGUGGAUUCAGAGAAAUUUGGUAUGAAUCCGGAUAAUAUAAUGGAGAAACUUAAAGAUUAUAUUACUCCUAAUUUCCAUUCAAACAUUGACGUAUUUGAAAAGUGUUUGGAAGAUGAGCCGUCAUUUAAACCUUAUGGAAAUCAACUAGAUCAAUUUAUUUUAAACCAUAAUGAAGAAAACAAGAAAUUCGAAGUCUAUGUAAUUGAAGAUGAGAACACCGAGUUUAAAGAAUAUUUUAACCAACUACAGACAUUUGUUUUAUGGUAUAUAGAUUCAUCAAAUAUCAUCGAUUUUGAUGAUUCUAAAUGGAAAAUAUUUAUCAUGUAUGAAAUUUUUAAAAAUGAAAAUGGUGAUUUGUGUUACACACCAGUGGGAUAUUCAACAAUCUAUGAAUACUAUGCUUACCCAGAUAAAAUCCGCCCAAGAAUUAGUCAAAUGUUAAUUUUACCACCAUUUCAAAGGAAAGGGUUGUGUGCUAAGCUCCUGAACUCUGUUUACAAACACUAUGCCACUAAAUCCGAUGUUAUUGAUAUUACAGUUGAAAGUCCAAAUGAUGAAUUUCAACUUGUUCGAGAUUUUGUAGAUGUUACUAAUUUUCAUAAUCUGAAAACAUUUGAUGAAGAAAAAUUGAAAAAACUGCAUUAUCAAGAAAUGGUUAAAGAAUUUAAAAAUCUUUACAAAGUCAACCAGAAACAAGUCCGUCGUGUAAUAGAAAUUAUAUUACUAAAAAUUACUAAUCGGCAGAAUAAAGAUGAAUAUGAAAAGUAUAAGAAAUUUGUAAAAACAAGAUUGAAUUGGCCAUUUCAAAAAAAACCUACCAAACUUAUGUUGGCUAUGCCUGCCGAAGAAGCUGAAAAAAUCCAAAAAGGUGACUCACUUGUAAAAUUAGAAGAUUUAGAUAUUGAGUAUAAUGAAUUAGAACCAUCAUAUGAUAAAGUAAUCAAGCGAGUAGAAGUUAGCCUUUCUGUAUAGAAUAUAACUGCCAUAAAUAUCCGGGUUUUAAGUUGUUGUAUGAUAAAUAUUUUUAUUUCAAUUUUUCUACAUUUAUUUUAAUUAUUUCUAACUUAUAUAAAUGAUUUUUAAGUAUGUUCCUUUUUUUCAUUAUUUGAAGUAAUUAAGUUAAAAAAAUAAACGAAUAUUAUAAUACAAUAUUAAUUAAGUAUUUUAUAUAAUUAUAUAAAUAUAAUCAUUCAAAUUUAAUAUUACACAAUUUAUAACUUUUAAGUACUAAGUAUGUGAAUCAUUUUAUGUUUUUAUUUUGUAUUAUAAAAUUUGAUGUUGAAAAAUUUAAUUUUAUAGUAGUAAUAAAACCAAAUGCAUCAUUCAA